AUGGACUAUGGGUAUCUUGGAGGACAAAGAGACAAUCGAGGUUCGGUACUCUUACUAGCAGCCGAUUAUAAUCAGCCCUUGGGUCUGCGCAACACACCAGCAAGAACAUCUCACUCCUCCAUUCCCACAGGAAUACCACAUCAACUGCCAGAAGACACAAUUGAACCACCCAAAAAGAGAACACCCGAUGGAAAGAUUAUUCUUGAUCCUCAGCCAGAGGACUCGGCCAAUGAUCCGCUCAACUGGCCUGCGUGGAGGCGAGACUUGGCAUUAGUCUCAUUGGGCUUGUUCUGCAUGGUUGGCGGUGGUACAACUCCGAUCCUUGCGGCUGGCUUCACUGAUGUUGCCCAAGAGUAUGGUGUUGAUGUUGAGAGCGUCUCCCUAACGACAGGUCUUUAUAUGCUUGGUAUGGGCCUUGGAUCCGUCAUCUUUUCGCCUACAGCCAUCUUGUGGGGAAAACGUCCGGUCUACCUGUUUGGCGCUGUUGUAUUCAUGGCAACAUCAGUAUGGAUUGUUACUAUCGUCGUCGUAACUCCUGCGGUUGAGCCGGUGCCGUCAACGGUUGCUGAAGGCAUCGCACAGACAUCCGACUCUGCUUCUCGGCCCCACCGCGUCGGAUUUGCUGCUGACAUCGAGGAGCAUGUGAUACCCAAGGUUGAGAGUUCGACUGACACAACCCUCGUGGAAAAAGCAGAUGAAACUCGCCAUUCACCAUGUUCUCAGAACCAUGAAAACGAGCAGUUGGUUGAUCCUACCCAACAAUCAAAUCAACCUUCUAGAUUGCGACCACAUGCCCCUCGUUCUUAUCCUUCUUACGGAUCGCAAGUCAAUGAACCUUCAGCGGCUGCCGCACAUCAUGCCCACGCAAGCUUGACACGAGACACAGAUAGCGAAUCCCAGUCCCUUCGGAGCGCUGGACCAUUACCAUACACAGCCGCCCUCCGUGAACAACCACCUCGCUCCUUCAUCCAAUCCCUUAAGCCCUUCAACGGACGUUUGAAUAAAGACAAGUGGCAUAAGGUUGUGGUUCGGCCACUAAUCUUGUUUACAUACCCCGCUGUUCUCUGGUCGGCAGUGGUCUAUUCUUGUUCUGUGGGCUGGCUCAUUGUCAUUUCAGAGUCUGUUGCCAUUAUUUACCGAGAAGACAUUUACCAUUUCAAUGCUCUUCAGACUGGUCUUGUGUAUAUCAGCCCCUUUGUUGGCGGCGUCCUCGGAUCAGCUGUUGCUGGGAGGGUCUCUGAUAUGAUCGUCAAGGCAAUGGCACGCCGGAACGGCGGGUUGUAUGAGCCCGAGUUCAGACUAGUCAUGGCCAUUCCCAUCGCCCUGACAACUGUUAUUGGUUUGAUGGGCUUUGGUUGGUCCGCACAGGCCCAUAACCACUGGAUGGUCCCGACCGCUUUCUUCGGGAUCGUCUCUUUUGGAUGCACACUUGGAUCCACGACAAGCAUUACAUUUUGCGUCGACAGUUACAGGCAGUAUGCCGGCGAAGCACUGGUGACAUUGAACUUCAGCAAGAAUGUAUUUCACGGGCUUGUAUUCAGCUUAUUUGUUACCGACUGGCUGUCCGAUGAUGGUCCCAAGACGGUAUUUAUUUGGAUUGGCAUCAUUCAACUUAUUCUCCUUUUUUUCACCAUCCCCAUGUACAUUCUUGGAAAGCGCGCUCGCAUGUGGACAGUGCGCAAGAACUUCAUGGAGAGGUUCUAA